AUGAAUUUAGAAUUAUUACCCAAUGAAAUCUUUCUUGAUAUAUUCGAUUAUUUCGAUGGUACUGAUCUUCUUCGUGCAUUUUAUGGUCUCAAUUCCCAUUUGAAUUAUCUUCUUUAUAAACAAUUUCGAUGGUAUCGUUUCAAAUUUCGGUCUGUAUCAAAACGUAACUUCGAUAUGAUAUGCCAACAAUAUUUUCCAUUUAUUACUGAUAGAGUUAUUAGUCUUCAUUUGUUUAAUAGUGAUGACACUCCAGAACAAUUGAAUCUAUUCUCUUCUUACAUACCAUCAUUCAGUCAAUUCACUCAUUUACAAUUGUUAGAACUAUUCAACAUUGAUUCAUAUAAGAGAUUGUUGAAAGUUCUAAACGAAUGUCGUCAUCUCAAUAAUCUUACUCAUUUAAAACUUCAUUCUUGUUCUUUUGGAAAUGAUCAAGUUGAUUUUCAAUCAAUUGUUAAUCAUAUUUGGAGCUUACCAAAACUGACCAAUUGUUAUUUUGGCAUUACUGUCAAAAAUCAACGGCGUUUCUGUGUUCCAACAAUUAUUUCCUCAUCACUUGAAUGCAUAACUUUAUUUCUCAGUGAACUGACAAUGAAUCAGAUAAAUCGCUUGUUUGAAUACACACCUCGUUUAAAACGUCUUUUGAAAUGUGAUUUGGCUCGAAUUAAUGAUAAUUAUAAAGCAUCUUCACUACCAAAACUGAUUCAUUUGGAUAUCAGUUUUUAUUCAGAUGAUGUUUCAAAAUUAAUUCUCUUUUUACAGAAUAUUCCUAAUUUACGUCAUUUGAAUAUCGACAUAUUCACUAAACUAAUUGAUGGUCAUCAAUGGGAACAAAUUAUUCGGAAUUAUUUGCCCAAACUUAAAACAUUUAAACUCAAAUUGAAACCCAUGGUGUAA